GUCAGGCUCAGCCGCAUCCAUGGUUGACCAUGGGAGCACGUCGGGACUCGUCCCUCUCUUCUUCAUCCUCGCCCUUCUCAUAUUUCUAAUGCUAGGAUGGUGCCUUCUCUCGUCCUGUCUUGGAGUCUCUAUCAUGCAUAUGGUUCGGGAGAUGUGGGAGGCUGCUACACUUUCUGCAAACACGAGAACACCGAACAGGAGACGCGGCUUUGCGGGGGAAGAGAUGUAUGAAAUGGAGUUUCGGAGUCGCACUAGUAGGCUUUCGUGAUCCAACUCGUAUACCACCAAAACUUCCCCCAAUAUCAGACGAUGGUUGACCAAGUAUCGUCAUCAAUCACGAUGGUGUUCUUGCGAGUUUGGUUUCAAACCGGUUGUGACGACAAUGUGCUCCAGCAUACCUCACCCACGUCCCUCAUGCGCAGGUCCACACAGAGCUCAGACUGCAUCGGUCGAAACCAAGAUGCAUGUAUAAAAUGGCUUGUCCGUUAAUGAUGCUCCCAACACACCUUUCCUCUCCUGCACACUCGUGCACCCUGAUUGUUGACCCCGUUAUCCUCAAUACUAUACCGCAAUGCGCGUUCGUUCGUCAUCCAUCAUUGCGGCAACCUUGGCUGCCACUCAGCUCUCCCCGACUCGCGCUACUCCUGUUCGGGCUGCACGAGUACCUAUAUCAGCGCCAGAUACACCAACUCAUGACUCGCGGGGCGCUGAUGCCGUUCAGACACUCGGCGACCUGCUCGGCGGCCUUCUCCCUCCACUCGUGCCUCUCCUAACCGGCCUUGGCCUGUAUGACGCGACCAACCCUGCUGCGCUCAUCGACACCGCCUCUCCGGCCAUGCAGAGCGCCAUCCAGCAGGUUAUCCAAUCUCUCAAAUCACCCAACGCCUCAGGAGUUACGGGCACAGUCUCGGGUGUUACGGGUACAGUAGGCGGAGUCGUCGGGGGAGUGCCAGUGGUUGGCGGCGUAGCCAACGGGGUGACAUCCGCCAUUCCCGGCGUGGUUUCGGGCGCUACGGGCACUGCGAGCGGUCUCACAGGUGGUCUGACCUCGACGAUCCCUGGGCUGGGCUCUUUUGGUGCAGUUCGAACGAAUGCAAGUAAUGCUCAGAACGCCCCUCGCACCUCCAUGGACCUUGAUUCUGAGAUUGACGUCUUCACCGCCCCUCGUGCACCACCAAACACCCCCGAGCAUCGGUCGUCCAUGUCACCUGUGCAAUCACCCUCGCCGCUGCAUGCUUUUACGGAGCAGGGACUUGGGUAUGGCCCUGCGAUAUCAGGAAUCCCUACCAAGCUCGAUGAUGCAAGUGCGGAGUAUUCGUCUGGUGCGCCGCCGCCAAAGGAUUAUAAACCAUUGGCGCCGAUUCCCGAUAUCGAAGAGGAAUCAGAUGCAUUUGCUGACGGCGAUGAAGGAUGCUGAGAUGCUGAGCCGCUGAUGAGAUGGCUUCUAGAU